AUGCACAGUGCUGAUGAAGUUCGUAUUUGGACACGAAACUCGUUCAUGGAUGAACGAGCAACCCAAUUUCGGGGUUUGAGAGGAUCAUUAACGGGUGAUCACAUACCGUAUAUUUUUUUCGUUAUCCGCUGGCCACUGGCGAUAGUGAAGAAAAAGCUCUAUUCUGGGUUCAGCGCUGAGGAUCGAGGAAUUUCUCAGCGACCCGUCAAAGCCAGCGUCUAUGCAGAAAUCGUUCCCCUAUGGGUGACGCGUUUCAUUCGACAGCAUGGCCCCAGUUUGAUCAACCAAAUCGCGAAGCGUAUCUUGAAAUCAGAACAUCAUCUACUGCCGGACCACUUCCGAAAGGACUCGUUUUUCGUGAAACCGCCAUCGGCGACUCCACCACCACCGCAUGACAAUUCAGCUGUAGCUACUAGUCAGUACAGUACCAUGCUAUCAGUAACGUGUGACAAGAAUAAGCGAUCAAAGAAGAAAUUGCAACUGCAGUACCAAACUUACGCUUCAAAUCAGGCGUCAGUCCCUGAUCAGUACAACAAUCCCAACUCACCGCUUUCACUAAUGCCACCUCCACCACCUCCAAUAACGCUCAGCUCAUCUGCUAUGCACGCUGUGCCGGUGAACGACGACAUGUUUGAGCGACCGAUAUUCGCUCCAGCUCCACUGGGCGGUAGUGGCACCGCAGAAUCUGUCGUCACUAACGAGCCUUUGCUGUCGGCGUCGCACAAGACGGUUCGUGCCGGGGUUUCACCGUCUUGUCCACGUCACGGUCGAGCAGUACUGUCAUUACAUCCAUCACGAGGCAGUUUGGCUUCUGCAGGAAAUGCACCCACACUCGAAGAAAUCCAAGUCUAG